AUGGAGAAACCCGCAGGGUUGCACCAAAGACUGCGUGGGACCAUCACAUGUCUCCGCAUGCUUAAUGGGAGGCAAUCCACCGAAAAGCAGGCCAAGGCCGCGGUUGAAUCAGAUCGUAAUUACCACGGAUUGAAACAAUGGACGCUUAUUGCACAGCCAAGCCUGGGGGCUUACGCCGGAUCCUGGGUUCCCGCAGCCGACUGA